AUGGCCCCGCCUAAAGGAACCACUCCAAAAACGCCAAAAUUGACACCACGACGCACGAUGACACCGAAAAGUUCGGCGAAGAAACGGAAAGAAGUCGAGCAAAAACCAAAGAAAGAAAUCGCUCUGUUCUCAUCGGAAGAAGAUGAUAAAUCAGCGGAUGAUGACAUUAAAGAAGCAGAUAAAAGCUUUGCGCCACCAUCACCGCAUUCGUCACGAGGACGUCGUUCAAGUGGAAGCUCUGGAAAGGGACGACUCGUCGAUUUGUCAAUGUAUGGUGAGGAUGAGCUUCAGCGUGAUCGUGAUGAGGUUUUCGCUUUGCACACUUCUUGCGACAGUGGAAAAAGCGUGAAAGAUAGCAAGUUGAAGGAGUUGCCAAAAGAGAGUCAAAAGGAGAAUCAACUUGACAAGAGUGUAAUUGAAGCGGAGAUCUCACAGAUCUCGAAGGAUUUGGACGAAUUUGAGGAUUUCGAGUUGACGAUCGAAUACAAGAAAGUGGAACGAGUGAAAGACAAAAAUGAGAAGAAAUCUGCUAAAGAUAACUACUUGGAUAACAAAGAUGAGAACCUUUUUGAUGUUGAAAGCGAAUCAAAGGAUGAUCGGGGUGACGCGUCGUCGUUGGAUGUGAAUUUCUCGAGGACCACAAAUCGCACAGGAGUUUCAACACCAAAAUCGGCCAAAACGUCAUCGGAGUUCGACUCGAUCUACUCGCCAUCCGCGCCAUUAUCGGCGAUUGGAAACUCGACUUUUGGUGAUUGGAGCGACAUCAGCGUGCUCGAUUCGUCGAAAUCGGCCUCGAAUCGUCGUGGAUCGAAAGUUGAGACUCCGCGAAGCUCCUUGAAGCGAUCUCUUCCAUUGUCAACAAGCACUCCUAUCUCCGCGCUUCGUCCACCAAAGCAACGACGCAAG